GCCCGACCUAAAAGUUCGCGUUCUCGUAGCUUCCCAACGCGUCGUGGACUCCCGCACUCAUUCCUUGGCUCGUCGAGUGUGAGAAGGCGUGAGAACCGCAGCAUGUUCUCGAUUGCCCACCAUGGUCAAACUUGAAGAUGUAGCAGGCAUUUUGCUGCAAAAGCCGUCGGAUGAGCCGCCGGCACAGGCAGCGCUCGAGAGGCUUUUGUCCAGCUACAAGCCGCUGGAUUCAUUCGUCCUGCCCAAGAACAGGCAGUACAAGCAGCAGUAUGGCGACAUGUACUUUCUCAGGCUUACCAUGGUCAGGCCCGCCGUUGAGCAGGUGGCCUCUGCUGCCUUUGGGGACGUCAUCAUUGGGGGUGAGCCCGCCCAAAAGGUCGAGCGUGUUCUGGAUGUGAGACAGGGAGAGCUCUGCUGGGUCACGGGCACCGUUUAUAUGGAUAUGCCGUUGAAGCCCAACAUUCUGGAGGACGUGGCCAAAGAUCGCUGGAUAUCUGCCCCGCCAACGGCCCAGAAGUACAUUUCCGAGGAUGGGCAGGAUUCCAUCAUGCUCGAGGACGACUCUGGUCGGGUGCGGCUGGUUGGCGACGUUCUAGAGGGGGCGAUCCUCGUCACCGGCUGUAUCAUCGCCGUCAUGGGUACCGAAAACGCCGAUGGAGAUUUUGAGGUUAUCGACGUGAGAUAUCCUGAUCUCGCACCCCAGCCUGAUCGCUGGGCGCUGUCAAACCCUCCGACUGCCAAUGGUAAAUCCAAAGCAACGAAGAAGGAAGCUAGCGAAGAUAUCGAUAUGGAGGGCAGCUCCGCGCCCCGUGGAAGCCAGGGGAAGAUUGCGAUUGUCUCAGGUCUCAACUUCUCAGGCACCGACACGUCGUACGCGCUGGAGUUAAACCUGCUCUUAGAGUAUCUCCUUGGCGAGGUUCUCGACCCAGCCGCGCAGGGCGAGCUCUCUCAUAUCAGCCGUCUCAUCAUCGCAGGGAACUCGAUUGCGCCCGAGGACGCCAGCAAGUCCAUAUCUACCGAGGGCGAGGAUAAAAAGGCACACAGGAAGUACGGCUACGACAGCAGCGCGUACAACCCGGUUCCGUCGCAGUUGCUAGACAGUUUCCUGUCAGAGCUGCUGCCUAGCAUGCCCAUCACCAUUAUGCCCGGCCAGCACGAUCCGGCAAACGCGAGCUUGCCCCAGCAGCCAGUGCACCCAGCCAUGUAUGACAAAUCGAGGGCCUUCAUCGCAGCUCCUGGGGGCGCCGACCCGGGCUGGCUGGACUCGGUGACAAACCCAUGGGAGGGGGAAGUGGAUGGAUGGAGAUUUCUCGGUGCCAGCGGGCAGAACGUCGACGAUGUUUUCAAGUAUGUAUCGAGCGACGACCGGCUCGGCAUGAUGGAACUCAUGUGUCGCUGGCGCUGCACGGCUCCGACGGCACCUGACACCCUUUGGAGCUACCCCUUCCAGGACAACGACCCAUUUAUCAUGAACCAGUGCCCCCAUCUCUACUUUGUUGGGUCACAGCCAGAGUUCGGGACCAAAACUAUAACAGGACCGGAAGGCCAGUCGGUGAGACUAGUGACAGUCCCGACCUUCUCCAAGUCCAGAGAAAUUGUGUUGGUGGAUACGGAGACGCUAGAUAUCACCCUGGUCAAGAUCUCGGCCUCGUGACCCGACAUGGAAGACACCAAUGCCCGUCUCCCUCAUUAGAUUUCAGGCCGGGGCUUCUGCUACUAUUACUAUCGCCAUGCCUAUCCCUUUGAUACCCUAGACCAUGCUGCUGUUGAGUCUUGCCUGACGAUGACACGACCCUGAUAAUCAACCUAGAUACAUGAGCAUAUUGUGUAUUCGAUGCAGUCGGUGUAGAACAAAAUUGAGACGAUGUUGGUCCCCCAACCGUUACGAAC